CGAUAUGGAUAUAUACCUAUGCUCGCUAUUGACCGGAAUCACCAACAGCCUCUCGAUAAAAGUCAAACUCGGCCAACAGCGCCUCUAAAUGAUGAUGAGUAGACGAUAGCCCGUUUUAUUAAAACAAGUGAUGAGCAGUCUGUAUGUUGCCCGCGGCGCAUUCCGCCGACAGGCCCUGCCCCGGUGUCAUCAUAUUUUGUUCAGCCGACGCAAUUUGCUCGGCCGUCCAGCACGCGGGGAGGAGCCAACACCUCUCCUACCAGGCGCACCGACGAGGACGCGGUUUGCACCAUCGCCCACUGGGUACCUGCACAUUGGCUCAUUACGAACCGCUCUUUUCAAUUUUUUGCUAUCCAGAGCAACCGGAGGCCAGUUCUUGCUUAGAAUUGAAGACACAGAUCAGAAACGACUGGUGCCCGAUGCUGAGGAGAAGAUGUAUGAAGAUUUAAAAUGGGCUGGGCUCGAAUGGGACGAAGGUCCAGAUAUUGGGGGACCUUGUGUACCCUACAGACAGUCUGAGAGGCUCCCAUCGUAUCACUAUCAUGUCAAUCAACUAUUAGACGAUGGCCGAGCUUAUCGGUGCUUUUGCACUCCUGAGGAGCUUGAUGCUAUGAAGAGGGUAGCCAUGAGCGAAGGUCGAGAUUAUGUCUACAACAAGACAUGCUCUCACAUCUCGGCUGAAGAAUCUGCUCAACGUGCAGCAAAUGGCGAAGAGCACUGCAUUCGCUUCAGGCCUGAUAGCCAAAAUCCUGUGGUACAGGAUCUUGUAUACGGCAUGUACAAAAGUCCUGUCCUGCUGGAUGAUUUCAUCAUAAUGAAAAGGGAUGGCUUUCCCACAUAUCAUUUCGCCAACGUCGUCGACGAUCACCUAAUGGAGAUCACUCAUGUGAUUCGCGGAGCUGAAUGGCUCAUUUCAACGCCAGCACAUGUUGCCUUAUACCACGCCUUUGGAUGGGAACCACCCCAGUUUGGUCAUGUUGGUCUCUUAGUCGAUCAAAAUAAGCAAAAAUUAAGCAAACGCCACGCAAGCUUUAACUUGUCCUCUUGGAAAGAACGGGGCAUCCUCCCGAUCGCUCUACUCAACUAUGUUUUGUUACUGGGCUGGUCCCCAAGCCGGGAUAGCGAAGAAACCUCAGAGGUUAUGGAUCUAGAGGACAUGAUCGAAAGGUUUCACCUAAAAUUCACGAGAGGUGAUGUUAUCAUAAAUAACAAGGACGAAUUCUUUCAAAAGGCACAUAUGCGCAAAGCUCUAGACCGCGACAGUGCGGGCGAGGCGUCUCCCCUUGCACCUCUUAUGCCUCAGUUCAUACUCGCUCUCGAGAUAUGCGAGGAAGACCGGAGAUCCCAGGAAGACCCUUCCGCGCCGCAUAGACAGUUGGGCGUGCGUAUCGGUCCACCACUAGCUACCUGGGUAGACUCAGUCGAGUCAUUGAAUGGGACCCAGGACAAUCCCUUUUCAGCGAUACCUGAUCGAUACUUAAGUAAAAUUUUCCAUCUGAACGGUAAAACUUUUAUAACUCCUGCAAGCUUCCUAAAGUCAAAUGCAUAUAUCCUUUGGGAGGUCCCAGAGCAAGAGUACAUGUUUGCCCUAACAAAUCAACGCAACAUGCUCCACAAGGUCGCUGUGCGAGAAGGCACUGAGAAAGAGACGCAGCCACAGCCGCGAAAGAUCUCCGAGCUUGCUACCACGCUUCUGGAGUCUCUUGAGGGUGUCCCGGCGGAGGGUUGGACAGAGGAGAACAUCAAGAGUAGCAUUGAGCCGUUCAUUAAGUCAAUAGGCUAUGUCAUGGAUACUAGAAAGAAAUUCGAGGCCUGGGGCUGGAAAUUCCUGCGAUGGGUGAUGUUUGCGUCCGCUUCGGGCCCCGGAUUGAUACCGAGCAUGGUAUUUCUCGGUAAAGAGGAAACGCUAGCACGUGUGAGGAAGGCGCAUCGGGUAGCCCUAAGCAGGAACGUAUGAAGCUAUAUCCUACCGAUGUCCCCAUUACGAAUGAAGGUAGCAGGCAUAUUGCAUGGUUCAUCCGAGGAGUAAGAAGAGAGAGGAAUUCUCUUGCCAAAAAUGUAUCAAAAACCUGUACCAUUUCUGUAGCCAUGAAGAACUCCUG